AUGGUUUUACCGCUGAUGCCACCGAACACGCCUGGUAGUAAUGGCGGUAAUGGUUUGAAGAAGAAUGAUGAGAAAAACGCCGCUCCGAUUGGCCAUCUGUCGCGAAUCGAGCUCGAGAAUUUCAAGUCGUACAAAGGGAAACAAAUCAUCGGUCCGUUCAAAAAGUUCACCUCCAUCAUAGGCCCGAACGGGAGCGGGAAAUCAAACUUGAUGGAUGCGAUUUCGUUCGUUUUAGGCGUGCAAUCCGCGCAAUUGAGAGGGUCGACGUUGAGAGAUUUGGUGUACGCGUACGACGUGCAAGAUUCGAAGGAGAAGAGAAACGCGAGCGUGAGUUUAGUGUACGUUUUGAAUACCAACGACGAAGAAGAGGAAGAAGAAGAAGAAGACGAGAGCGAAGGACGAGACGGAGAUAAAGAAAACUCGAAGAAGAAGAAGAGGCAGAAGAGAGGAGAAGAAGAAGGAGAGAAGAACGAGGUACGGUUUUCGCGCACGAUAUCCAACUCGGGCGCCUCGGACUAUAAAAUCGACAACAAGACGGUGACGUUUGAAGAGUACGCGGAGAAGUUGAAACAGUUUGGUAUCCUCGUCAAAGCGAGAAACUUUUUGGUUUUUCAAGGCGAUAUCGAAGCCGUCGCGCAGAAAUCGCCGAAAGAUUUGACGCAACUGUUCGAACAAUUGAGCGGAAGCGACGAGUUGAAGCAGGCGUAUAACGACGCGCAGUUGAAAGUGAAAGAGGCGGAGGAGGAGAACGCGGUUGUCUUCGGGAAGAAAAAGACGUUGAUGAGCCAAAGAAAGCAGAUUAAAGAGCAAAAAGACGAGGCAGAGAAGCACAUAAAGCUCGUGAACGAGUUGAAGGAGUUGAAGACGGAUCGAGCGAUGAUGAAGUUGUUUCAUUUGGACGAAGGCAUCAAGACGAUGCAGGAGGAAAAGUUGAAGAUUGUGAAAAGUCGAGACGCGCACGACGAAAAGAACGAGGCAAAUAAAGUCGAACUAGAGGAGAAGAAGAAGACGAAGGCGCAGGUGGCAAAAUCUGCGCUGGUGGCGGAGAAGAAGAUGAGUAAGUUGAGAGAGGAGCUCUCGAAAGCGACGCCGAAAAUGGUCAAAUCGAACGAAAGUUUGCAAAGGAACAAGAAGAAAUUACAGUUGUUGCAAACAAACUUGGAAAAGACAAAGGAGGAUAAAGAUUCUCGAUCGCAAGACGUGACAAAGUUGGAGAAGCAGUUGGAGGAAGUGAACGACGCGGAGAGAUUGUACGACGCGGACCAGCUGAAGAAAGCCGAGAAGAGGUCGAAAGUAGAAUUAAGCGACGCGCAACGCGAAGAGUUUAACCAAAAACGCGCGGAAGCCGGUUCGAAGACGUUUAAAUUCAAACGCGAACGCGACGCGGCGGAAAACAGAGCGAACGUUGACAAAGGCACGUUGGAACGUUUAGAAGGUAAAAUCGCGCAGUUGGAGAAACGUAAAUCGUUCUUGAAAGAAAACGAGAAGUCGCAAAAGGCUCGAUUGAAAGAGGUUGGCGAAAAAGUGAAACUGGCCGAAUCCGAUUUCAAAGCGCAAGACGCCAAGAUUAAGAUUUUAGCGGACGAGAAACGAUCUACGAGAGCAAAAGCGGAACACUACCAAACGCAAAUCGACGCAUUAACUGAGAAGUUACGAAGUGCGAAGGCCCUGCGUAAAGAAAACGAACGCGAAAUGAAAGCGACGGAGGCAAUCGCGUCCAUGAGAUCGCUCUUCGCCGGAUGUCGCGGGAGAGUCACAGACUUGAUUAAAGUGUCGAACAAAAAGUACGAGUUAGCUGUGAUCACGGCACUAGGUCGAAGCGCAGAUGCGGUAGUCGUAGACGAUCGUGAAUCCGCGAAAGAGUGCAUUCAGUAUUUGAAAGACCAACGCGUCCCGGCGAUGGAAUUUAUUCCGUUGAAAGACAUCAAGACGAUGUCCGAGAACAACGAACGCUUGCGCGAAUUAGGCGGCACCGCGAAAUUAGUCAUCGAUGUCGUCAGCUACGAUAACGCGUACCACAGAGCGAUGUUGCACUCGUUAGGGGAUUGCGUCGUCUGCGACACCCACGCCGAGGCGAAGAAACUUGCGUACGACAAGAGCAAGAAGAACGCCGGCGCGCUAUUGAAAGUCGUCUCUUUAGACGGCACGAGCAUCGAUAAAGCAGGUAAACUUACCGGUGGGAGCUCUCAAGGAUUGACGGAUAAAGCGAACAGAUUCACGCGAGCGGAUAUUGACACGUGGCGUAAAGAAAAAGAAAAGUUAGAAACGGAAAUGUUGAAGUUGAAAUCGGUGCAACAAAUCAUAAACGAGGAGAGCGCGGUGUACUCUCAAAAGCAACGACACGAACGCGAUUUGGCGAAUUUGAAGGAAGAUUACAAAGACGUCGAGGCAAAAUUGAAGCGGUUUCAAGAUGAAAUGACUUCAAUUAACGACGCGUUGAAACCGAUCAUUCCCGAACGCGAGGCGACGGAGAAAUCCAUCAAAGAGUUCGAGGCAAAAAUUGUCGAGUUGGACGCGAAAAUCCACGACAUUUCCGACGAAAUCUACGCCGAGUUUUCCAAGCGUGUCGGCAUCAAAAACAUUCGCGAGCACGAAGAAGAACGAGAGACGAGGCGAAAGAAACAAGCGGAAGCUAAAGCAGAGUUUGCGUCGCAACGCGCGCGCGUCGUUGAGUUACUCGAUUACGAAAAAUCCCGCGACAACGACUCCGCCAUCAAACGCAACGAGAAAGAUAUCAAAAAGUGCGAAAAGGAAAUCGAAACUUUGGAAACGGAGUUGGAAAAACUCAAUCAAAGCACGGCUGAGAUGAAGACGCAGUUGAAAGAGCUGGAUGGUGAAUUGAAACGCGCGAAAGACGACGCGAGAAGCGUCGAACGCGAAUUGCAAUCUCUGAAAGAGCUCAACGCGGAAGCCAACGACGAACGGGAACGAUUUUCGAGGUUGAUUAACGCCAAGAAUAAUCACUUGGACGCGUUGAGAGGUUCGAGAUUGGACGUCUUGAAGAAUGCGAGCAUGGAGUUGUUGGAAAUCCCGCGAGCGGCGCAACUCGCCGCCGGCUCUGGUAGUGCGAAAAAGAAGAAGAAGAGUUCGUCUCGAAAAAGAAAGACUGCGGGCGAUGACGACGAAGAAGAAGGAGAAGACGAAGAAGUAGAAAAUGACGACGACGCCAUGGACGUGGACGCGCCAAGAAGUGAGUACGAUACGGACGAAAACUACGCGGUAGACUAUUCGGACUUGAAACCCGAGUUGCGCUUAGCCAUCGAUCAGGCGCAAAGAGACCGACUCGACGGGGAAAUGCGCGACGAGUGCAACGAACGCGCCGCUACUUUAGAAAAGCUCGAGCCAAACAUGAAAGCGCUCGAACAGUACGACCAAAUUCUCGAAAAGGAAAAGCAACAAGCGGUUGAGAUUGAUAAUGCGCGAGAAAAGUUGAGCGCGUGUCAAAUCACCUUCCGAGAGAUUGCGGAGACGAGAGGCGCUCGUUUUAGAGGCGCGUUUGAGCACGUCGAGAAGAGAAUCUCUGAGACGUACCGAGAGUUGACGAAAGGUAGCGCGCAUCCAACGGGAGGUCAAGCGUUCUUAACGCUCGAAAAUUACGACGAACCGUUCUUGGGUGGCGUGAACUUCACCGCCAUGCCUCCAUCUAAGCGAUACCGCGAGAUGGAGAUGUUAUCGGGCGGCGAGAAAACUAUCGCCGCUUUGGCGUUGCUCUUUGCGAUUCACUCCUAUCGCGCGUCGCCAUUUUUCGUCUUGGACGAAGUCGACGCGGCGUUGGAUAAAUCCAACGUCGAAAAAAUGGCUAGGUUUGUCCGCUCGAAAUCCUUAGGCAAAGGUGGUACGCAAUCCAUCGUCAUUUCGCUCAAGGAUAACUUUUACGACAAGGCGGAGUCGUUAGUCGGCGUUUCGAGAGACCAACGAGAGGCGUGCUCAAAGGUGUUGACGUUUGAUUUGACGCAGUUCGCCGAGACUGCUUGA